AUGACCCCGAGCACGGCCGCAUCGCCACCAACCCGGAUCAACCAUCUCGCCACGAUGACAAGCAGUCGGCACGCCAGCGCCACCAUCUCAUCACCCAGGGACGACGCCUGGAUAGGGCUCGCCAUUGACGAGCUGCUGGAGGGUCUCGAGAUGGGGCAUCGGCCCCAACCUCCACUCCUUGCGCCACUCCGUGUGGCCGGAGGCCGCGGACAAAUUCCGUCCGCGGAGCAGCUCGACGUCCCGCCGGAUCACCGAUUCGGCCCAAUACGGGUGGACACCACCCCGCCACGUCCGCGACCACCCGAAGCCACCACGCCUGCCGACCAGGGGAAGCCGCAACUCGCGGAUCAGAGGCCGCCGCCUUUGGUCCCGCUGCGCACGAUUCCGCCUCCAUCGACUCAGGCCACCCAAUGGCAAGCCCCAGGAGGGAAGCCAUCGCCACGGGAAGCACCAAGAGCAGCCGGCCCAUCGAUGCGCCCGCACACCGGCCGGGUGUCCGCGACGCCUACCGGCAGCCAGGGGCAGCCACCACGGGCAGCACCGCGAGCAGCCGGCACUUCGACGCGCCCGCACACCGGCCGGGCCACUACGACACCCGUCGGCCACAUAACAUCAUCACCGCGGGCGGCACCAGAUUCAGACGGCGAGGUGGAAGCGGCGCUACGAGAGUGCCUAGGCGACCUUCCACCCGACGUGCUGGAGGAGAUGGCCCACGGGGCUGAGGACUGGAGCAUGGAGGGCCUUUUCGGAGAGUCUCCCGACGAGGACGGAGCGGAGCUCCCAAUGCGCCCCGCCCCCGCCCAAUCCAUAGACGAGCCACGGACCCCGUCACCUCAGUUCCUGCCGGACUAUGAGGAGAUCUCCAGCGACGAGGGAGCGGCGGAUGAGGUCAUACAGAUCUCGGACUCCGACGACGCCGAGCCAGCUUUUAGACCGCCGAGCACCCCGCCGCCGGGUCCGUAUCAUACCGGCCGCCCACUAAUGUCCUGCGCGGCCGCAACACCGAACCGCUCAACGCCGACAACGUCAGGCGGAUACGCCGCCGCCGUCGCCCCACGCCGGGCAGAAGGGCCAUCGACGAGCAGGAGCUUCGCCUCGACUGCCGACGAGGACUCCGCCGACGAGAGGCCAGCCGUGGCCGCACCGAGACGCCCCCCACUACCGACACCCGGCGAAUGCGCCGCGGCAGUGGCUCGACGCAGGGCUGAGGACCUGAGCGACGAGCUGGGCUCGUCCUCCGCCGGGCCGACCCGGCCAAACGAUCCGGAGCCACGGUCGGCCAGGGACCGAUCACCGACACCAGCACCGGCACGCCGAGGCCGCCGACGGAGCGCGCCCUGGGCGAACAGCCCCAGUGCAUCCUCGUCCGAGGAGGAGUCGCCCCGCGACCGCCAGGGUCACACCCGCUGGGUACCCGCUCCCGACGGCUGGAGCACGCCAAACGGCACGCUACCCGCCGGGCUCAUCCGUCGGAUCCAGCAGCGACUCCAAAUAGCCAGGGCCCGACGCUACCUGGAGGAGGAGCAGGGCCAGCGGUUCCGGGUAUAG